GUAAAACCCCUCAGUUCCUCCAUCGGUUUGUGGGGGCCUCGCAAAGGCAGGCGGCCACGGGUUUGAUGCCAUGGGCCGCUUGCUUUCAUUGAUCCGGAAGUGGUUUUUCAGCCGUGUCGACACAGCUGUCAGGAACAUUUUCCUUUCAUGGCUCUUUAUCAUGUUCUCAAUUGCAGCAGGGAAGAGGGCCUUGGGCUAUGGACCAGCUCGCCCUGAAAAUUGGGGCUCAACCCGAAGGAGGCGUCCUGUACCUGCUUUUGCUGCGGAAGAUGGGCUGCAAGAUGCACCCGGCUUGAAAUCGUGCUUGCAGCUGACAUCAUGCCUUGAAGGAAGCAUUGAGAAACUCAUGCAGCCCUCUAGAGAUGGUCAGGGUUGGAGCGGCUUUUGCUCUGUUUGCAAGCGACCUCUAGAGGUCCGGGUGGCUGAUGGAACCAGGUCCGCGCGGCAGGACGUUGGAACGAGCGCACGUGGACGUUAUGCUUUCUUGAUCUGCUUAUGGGGAUCGUCAAAGGACUACGUCCUCGGAGCACUGGUCCUAGGCUUCUCCAUCAAGAGGACGAGAACCAAACAUUCCCUCGUUUGCUUGCACACUGAAGAUGUGUCUCCGGAGCACGUGAAGCUGCUGCAGAUCUUCUGGGAUUGCCGAGUGGUGGAGCACAUCGAGGUGGCGGCUGCCAAGCGGCUGAGCACAGAUGAUCGCGUCGAAGAGUCACGAUUCUCCAAAGUCUUCACUAAGCUCAGGGCCCUGCAGCAGGUGGAUUUUGAGAAGGUUUUGGUCAUGGACAUUGAUUUACUGGUCCUGUCAAGCGUUGACAAACUGUUUGACAUACCAGCCCCCGCGGCCCUGAAACGGGGCAUGAACUGCGGCAAAUGGCCCUACAAGCAUGGUGAUGACAUUGAUGGAACCACAUUCUUUUCUGGAUGCAAGCCCGACAAGACGCAUUCUUGGGGGCAGGGCACCGGAAUCAAUGCGGGUGUGAUGUUGCUUGCGCCCAACAUGGCCGACUUCCACCAAAUGCAGGCAGAAUUGAGGGAGCCAUGGCAUCCUGGCCAUGUCCGUGGAAACGGUCCAGAGCAGGACUAUUUGAGCCGCUUUUAUGCUGAUCGGCCAUGGAGGCACAUUUCAGUGGAACACAAUUUCCAGGUGCACCACAUGUACAAUGCCUUGGACCCACGGCUAACUGAUGCCGAACGGCUGGUGGUGUGUCAAAACUACCAGACCGUGCGCAUCGUCCACUUCUCGGGCAAUGCCGGGGUGAAGCCUUGGACACGCUGCUUGCAGAAAGGAUUUGGAUGGCCCAGCCGAGACCAAGAUGAGGAGUACAUGCAGUCGUUUCUCUCAGAUUAUCAUUCCUAUUUGCUGUGGGUGAAGAAAGAUCCGGAGCGGUGGAACAAGAUGGAGAGGAACAUGUUUGACGAAAGCAGCCUCAGGGGCUUCAGCCUGGGUCAAGAUGGUGCCAUCUACUUCGAAGAUGAGAGUGGGAAGGUGCUGAAGGAGACGUCCCAGGAAGCCAUCACUGCAGUCAUGGAUGCUACAAGGUAUUUUCUCAAGUCCUGGUUUGACAUGCUAGAGGCUGCCACAGCUUUGUUGCAGAGGAACUUGGUGGAAGAGUUGAUCUCCGCUGGUGGGGACCAAGCUCAGCCUUCAGGCAGUUCUGACCCUUGGCAAGGCAGGAACGACCCCUGGCAGGAAGGCAAUGACGCUUGGCGAGGCGGAAGUGAGAACAAGAGCGGCUCGGGGUGUGAAGAAAUUGCCAAAAAUGAGGCCUGGAGCCACUACAAACCAUCAGGCACUCAGCGCAACCACAAUGGUUCACAAAAAGGUUGGGAGCUGCAAAAGACAUGGGGUGAUGCAACCUGGGCGCCCAAAAAGCUGAAGGCUGAUGUCUCGGUUUUGUGUAUGACCCUCAAGGCUUCGCCACAGGCCGAGAUUUGCUUUUUUGGCCCUGACUCUAAAGAAGUGGUCUCCGCUGAUGCCACAGAUCAGGAGCUCCAAGGACUUUUCGUGAAAGAUGGAACAAGAGCAGUGAGGAACUAUUCGACAGAGGAAGAGGACUUGAACAGUUUGGACAUUUUUGUUUCUUCCAUUGAGAAGGGUGAUUUUCUGCUGUGUGCCGCCAUGGGCCUUGAACAAGAGGCUUUGCAAAAGGUCCUGCUGGUCCUGGGCAGUAAGACGCCUGUGCCACACAACCCAGGAGCAAUGGCAGUUGCUUGGGUCAUCGGAAGAAGACCUCAGGUCAGAUUUGGAGAAAGCUGGGCAUUGGCUGACACAAUAUGAACUCCGUGACCCGCAGGUAACCGUAACCUCUGGCUGGCAGUGGAGCAGGUCAACCUCAAGUACAGUGGAGCGCUGGACCCGCGCUUGGCGAGGUCAAAUUGCUGCGAGGUUGGUGCGUGAAAA